AAAAUGCAUGUUCAUAUUAUUUAUAAGCUGUGAUGGUAUCAAUACACACAACCUGCAGUCAUUUUACGAUAUUGUCCAUUUGAUGGUUUUUUAUUUACCUCAAAAGAUUUAGCUGCUAGCCUUGUUGUUUUGUAAGCAAAAUAAUACUUACAAAAAAAAUGCGUAAAGUUGGACUACUUGCAACACUGACACGAUGGAGAAAUUCAUAACGAUAUUUUCAUUUCUUGUCGUAUUUAAUAUGUUAAUGAUGAUCAUGUCGUACGUUUACAUUCGUAAAAGUCAGGACAGAUUGUUCUGUUCUGUGAGCGAUUUCCUGUCGUCUGCGAAAUUAUUCCUUGAUCAUAAUGGUGCAAGAACAUUUAAAAAUAUUUUACCGAAUAACUGUGAUGUAGAAUCCACCAGUCUUGCUCUUCAUAUUCAAAAAUUGGAAAAGGCAUUCCAUUCGACAGUCAAUGAGUGCAGGCGUCGUCAUAUUUUUUCCCGCCAGAUGGAAUAUGCAGAAGAUUAUCCUGUGCUUACAUUAUUCACAACAUGGGAACCGUCACCAGGAAAGUCUUUCGUUCACAAUUGUACACUUAGAAACUGGAGUUCUUUUAUACCAAAGGUAAAUUUAGUUCUAUUCACAAAUAAUUCAAAUUUGAAAAAAGAGGCUUUACAAUACGGCUGGUCUGUGCUACCGAUUAUUCACCACGUUGAAGGGGUACCGGUGUUAAAGCACAUGUUUCAAACUGUCAUCUCAACUUUCAAUUCUACGUACUAUGGCUUUAGUAAUAGUGAUAUUUUAUUUAUUGACAACCUCUUAGAUUCUUUACAUACUGUAAAUCGUGAAUACAGAGACAAAAAUGUGUUUUUAACUGGCAGAAGAACUAAUAUUCCACAUUUAUCUUUAAAAGAAGUGGUUUCUUAUGACAAUAUUCGAAAGGCAGCGUCAGAGAGAGGACAACUUUUCGUUGUAGCAUCUGAAGACUAUUUCAUAACAACCUCCAGAUUUCCUUGGAAAACGAUUCCUGACUUUGUAAUUGGUAGACCUGCCUAUGAUAAUUGGCUAGUUGGUUUUGCGCGUUGUCAUUUUUAUACUGUUAUUGACAUUACUAGUACCGUUCUUGCCUGCCAUCAGACAACAAAAGCUGGAAAUAAGGAGGGAUCAAAACACAAGACAUUGACAUCUUACAAUCAUGAGCUACUUGUCAGGCUUGGUCUGAGCACGAAUUAUGGUGCAGGUUUUGUUAUCUGUCCUGAAAAGAAAACAUAUUAUAAUUUAUGUGGCGAUAUAGAGGUUAUGGAUAGACCUAUCAAUUCUUUCCCAAAAUAUUGUUCAUGCAAGUCGUGGUGAUGAAAGUGCUGUUUUUCUAGGAAAGAUAACUCUAAUUUAUGUAAUUGUAUUGUAAAAUGGAGUAAAUUAAAGCUUCUGCUGAGUGAC